CUAUAGGUAUGUACCUAUAAUUCAAGAUUUCCGUACAUAUUUUGUCUCAGAUAUUUUGUCUAAUAUUCUCUUUGGUCUAAUGUUUUAUAACCUUUGGCUAAAAUAUUGAUGCUCUCUGCUUUGGUAACCAAAAAAAAAAAGCUCUGCUUUGGCUCUUUGAUUGACGCAUUCAAAUAAUAAAAAUUGGAAUAAAAUACAUAUAGAAACAGUGAAAAGUGGAAUUAAUGCAUAAUUGUUUUCGUCGAUUCUAUUUAUGCUCCUUAGGUUAGGUAAAAUGGACAAGAUACCUAGAACACAUGAAGCCAUUGAAGCUCAAAUCAGAGAAAUACAAUCUAAGAAAGCAGAACAACCUGAAAACGGGUCAAAUAAGGGUGUGUCUCUGGGAGAGACCUAUUAUGACAGUGACAUAUACGAUAAUGCUGGACAGGGCGGCAAGUCCCGCUACGACGGCUAUGUAACAUCUAUUGCUGCCAAUGAUGAGGUUGAAGAUGAUGAUGUUGAAAAUGUGCCAGUGGCACAGAAAAGGGCGGCAGGCUACACAGCUCCUGCUUCGUUGCUGAAUGAUAUAGCACAGAGUGACAAAGAUUAUGAUCCUUUUGCUGACAAACGAAGGCCUACAAUUGCGGACAGAGAAGAUGAAUACCGCCAAAAAAGGCGUAGGAUGAUUAUAUCUCCUGAGAGAACUGAUCCCUUUGCAGAAGGUGGCAAAACUCCAGAUGUUGGUUCAAGAACCUACACAGAGAUUAUGAAAGAACAGUAUCUCCGUGCUGAAGAAACUGAAUUACGAAAAAAGCUAUUGGAAAGGGUCCGUGAGGGCACCCUUAAACCUAUCGCGCAAUCAAAUGGAGAGGCAUCAAAACCAAGUCAGCAAAAACGUAAGGGGCGUUGGGAUCAAAGUUCUGAAGAGACACCUGUUAUCAAGAAGACAGUGUCUGCCACUCCUAGUUCUCAAGCAACUCCCUCAUGGGAUGCGGAGAGAGGUGCUUGGGAGGAAACUCCAGGCGCAGCAGGACGUGGGAGCGAGACCCCUGGUGCUACGCCUUCAGCGCGGGUGUGGGAUGCUACUCCUGGACAUAUUACACCAGGCCAUGCUACACCUGGCAGAGAAACACCAGCUCAGCAUACCUCCAGGCGGAACCGUUGGGAUGAAACCCCAAAGACGGAUAGAGAGACUCCUGGACACAAUAGUGGGUGGGCUGAGACACCACGCACUGACCGCGGCACAGGUGUGGAUACUAUUCAGGAAACACCGACACCUUCUGCAAAGCGCCGAUCGCGAUGGGACGAGACUCCGGGCGCAACGCCGGCCGCGGCCACACCGACUCCUUCUCACGCCACCCCCUCGCACGCGACCCCGUCACACGCGACGCCUUCUCUGGCGACACCUACACCACACACACCUGUAUUCACUCCUGGAGGUUCUACACCUGUUGGUGUAAAGGCCAUGGGAAUGGCUACACCAACCCCUGGACAUGUGGCGGCCAUGACUCCAGAGCAGUUGCAAGCUUAUCGCUGGGAAAAAGAAAUAGAUGAACGCAACAGACCAUACACAGAUGAAGAACUGGAUGCCAUGUUCCCACCUGGGUACAAGGUUUUGCCACCUCCUGCAGGUUAUGUACCAAUUCGGACUCCGGCUCGUAAGCUGACCGCAACCCCCACACCCUUGGGUGGUACCCCAAUCGGCUUUUUCAUGCAGACGGAGGAACUGGGCGGGUCCGCGGCGGCCGCAGCGCGCCUGCUCGACCCGCAGCCCAAAGGUAGCCAGCAACUGCCAUUCAUGAAGCCUGAAGAUGCUCAGUAUUUUGACAAACUUCUCAUUGACGUCGACGAGGAUGCUCUUUCCCCCGAGGAACUGAAGGAGAGGAAGAUAAUGAAGCUGCUGUUGAAAAUAAAGAAUGGUACUCCACCUAUGUGUAAGGCAGCACUACGUCAAAUCACAGACAAAGCUCGGGAAUUCGGAGCUGGGCCGCUGUUCAAUCAAAUAUUGCCAUUGCUUAUGAGUCCCACACUUGAAGACCAAGAGAGACAUUUAUUGGUUAAAGUUAUUGACAGAAUUCUGUACAAAUUGGAUGACUUGGUCCGACCAUAUGUCCAUAAGAUAUUAGUCGUCAUUGAACCCCUUCUCAUUGACGAAGAUUACUAUGCCCGUGUGGAGGGCCGUGAAAUCAUCUCCAAUUUAGCCAAAGCUGCUGGUCUCGCCACCAUGAUCUCCACAAUGAGACCAGAUAUUGAUAACAUUGAUGAAUACGUGCGAAACACAACCGCCAGAGCAUUUGCCGUUGUUGCGUCUGCUUUAGGUAUACCAUCACUGUUGCCGUUUUUGAAAGCUGUUUGUAGAUCAAAGAAAUCUUGGCAAGCAAGACACACGGGAAUAAAGAUUGUUCAACAAAUUGCUAUUUUAAUGGGUUGUGCUAUAUUGCCUCAUUUAAAAUCACUUGUGGAGAUCAUUGAACACGGUUUAGUAGAUGAGCAACAAAAGGUGCGCACAAUCACGGCGUUGGCGAGUGCCGCUCUCGCAGAAGCCGCCACACCUUACGGCAUUGAAUCCUUCGACUCUGUUCUGAAACCACUGUGGAAAGGUAUCCGCACACAUCGUGGUAAAGGUCUGGCUGCGUUCUUGAAAGCAAUUGGUUAUCUGAUUCCACUUAUGGAUGCUGAAUAUGCCAAUUAUUAUACCAGGGAAGUGAUGCUUAUCCUUAUUCGAGAGUUUCAGUCGCCUGAUGAGGAAAUGAAAAAGAUCGUAUUGAAGGUAGUGAAACAGUGCUGUGGCACAGAUGGUGUGGAGCCCCAGUACAUUAUGGAUGAGAUCUUGCCGCAUUUCUUCAAACAUUUCUGGAAUCAUCGCAUGGCACUUGAUAGACGAAACUACCGUCAACUUGUAGACACUACAGUCGAAAUCGCAAAUAAAGUUGGUGCAUCUGAAAUCAUUAACCGUAUUGUAGACGAUUUGAAAGAUGACAAUGAGCAAUACAGAAAGAUGGUGAUGGAGUCGAUAGAAAAGAUACUCGCGAAUUUGGGUGCGGCAGAUAUUGAUUCGAAACUUGAGGAAGCCCUUAUUGACGGGAUUUUAUAUGCAUUCCAAGAACAGACAACAGAGGAUGUAGUCAUGUUGAAUGGUUUCGGUACGAUAGUCAAUCAACUGGGAAAACGUGUCAAGCCAUACCUGCCCCAGAUAUGUGGUAUCAUUCUAUGGAGAAUGAACAAUAAGUCCGCCAAAGUUCGUCAGCAAGCUGCUGAUCUUAUUUCACGAAUUGCUGUUGUUAUGAAAACUUGUCAGGAGGAAAAGCUUAUGGGGCAUCUUGGCGUUGUGCUGUACGAGUAUUUGGGUGAGGAAUAUCCAGAAGUGCUUGGGUCGAUACUUGGAGCAUUGAAGGCUAUAGUUAAUGUGAUCGGAAUGACCAAAAUGACGCCACCGAUUAAAGAUCUCCUUCCCAGACUCACCCCAAUUUUAAAAAACAGGUAACGAAAAGUGCAAGAGAACUGCAUCGAUUUGGUCGGGCGUAUAGCUGACAGGGGUCCUGAGUUUGUGUCUGCUAGGGAAUGGAUGAGAAUAUGUUUCGAACUGCUCGAGCUCCUAAAAGCGCACAAAAAAGCUAUAAGACGAGCGACCGUAAAUACAUUUGGUUAUAUAGCUAAAGCCAUCGGUCCUCAUGAUGUGCUAGCAACAUUACUCAACAAUUUGAAAGUACAAGAGAGACAAAACAGAGUUUGUACUACUGUGGCUAUUGCUAUCGUAGCCGAGACUUGUUCACCGUUUACCGUUUUACCAGCGUUAAUGAAUGAAUAUCGGGUCCCAGAACUCAAUGUACAAAAUGGAGUGCUCAAAUCGCUGUCAUUUUUGUUCGAGUAUAUCGGCGAAAUGGGGAAGGAUUACAUUUACGCCGUGUGUCCACUCCUUGAAGAUGCUUUAAUGGACAGAGAUCUAGUGCACAGACAGACCGCGUGUGCUGCAAUUAAGCAUAUGGCUCUCGGUGUAUACGGAUUUGGAUGUGAAGAUGCGCUUGUACAUUUGUUAAACCAUGUGUGGCCCAAUAUUUUUGAAACAUCACCACAUUUAGUGCAAGCUUUCAUGGAUGCAGUUGAGGGUAUGAGAGUGGCGCUUGGUCCUGUCAAAAUACUCCAGUAUGCACUGCAGGGGUUAUUCCAUCCUGCAAGGAAAGUUCGCGAUGUGUAUUGGAAAAUUUACAACACCCUAUACAUUGGCGGGCAAGAUGCACUGGUUGCCGGAUAUCCGAGAAUACAGAAUGAUCCAAAUAACCACUAUAACAGAUAUGAGCUGGACUACUUACUAUGAAAGGAUAGUUGAUAAUAAUAAUUACGUGUUCUGGAAUAGUAUUGUAUAAUUUGAUAACAUUCUAGGAAAUAAAAUAUAGAUAUUAAA